UUUAACGGGAUUUUAAAAGUGGAAUGGAUCAAUUUUAUAAAUCACCUUAUAUAAAAAUUGUUUAUUUACGUUUAUACUGUCUACUGAAGAUAUCAAAAGGCCUUAGGCCUACACAUUGCAUUCGUAAAUAUUUUACUGGCGUGUCGGUCUCGGUCUAAGGAGUUAGGUCGUUAAACUUCUGCUUCCUAAAUAUUCAAUGUCAUUUCGUAAUGUUCGUAUGAGGUAAUAAUAUGUGCCACUGCCUUGCCUAUGGAACAGUCUGUUAUUUGUUGUGUUGAUUAACAAUGUUAGAUAUACCGGUAACCACGCGAGCACCUGUGAUGGUGAAAUUGAUAAGCGAAAUUAAUAUUGAACAUUAGUGAAAUUAACCAAGAAAAUUGGUGAUAUUAGUGAGGAAAAAUUAGUGAAAUGAAUGAGUGACGUGAAAAAGUUGAAAAAAGUUUAAAUUUAACCAUUUGGUACAUCAAGAUAAUUACUCAAGUAUUAAGAAAAAAUGGUCAUGCAACACGAGAUAUCUCAACCUGAUUUAAGGUUAAAUCGGGAAUCGCAAGAACAAGAAGAAGAGCAGGAAAAGGAUCAGUUUCGAUGUGAAAUGUGGAGCAGUGUGGCGCCCGAUAACAUUAAGAGUCCGGCGCCAUCGGCGAGGUCGAAGCACAGUUCAACUCUCGUCGGGGAAUACGUCUAUAUCCUGGGAGGACGUAACGGGAAUCUGCCCACCAGAGAUUUCUGGAAGUACAACUUGGUUACUGGAAAGUGGCAGCAAAUAAAGCCGGUGGGUGAUAAAUUGCCAUGCUUGCAGGAGCACACUGCUGUGGCCUUCAAGGAAUGCAUCUACGUUUUUGGCGGGGAAGUGGGAUUCUCAGCAGGAACUGAAACGCCGCUCUGGGUGUACGAUAUCAAGCUUAACAGCUGGAAGAAGAAGAAGACCAAGAAAGGUGUUGCUACCCCCAAAGGCAGAAGAGGCCAUACAGCUUUAGUAACUCAUGGAUCCAUGCUAAUCUACGGCGGAUAUCAAGACCUGAGAGGAUCUACCAAUGAACUGUGGGCGUACCAUUUCGACACAGAAUCCUGGCACUUGAUCUCGACGAUCGGAAAAGGCUCCGAAACCCCUCCGCCCCGGCACAAACACUCUGCCAUCCUUCAAGGAGAAGCGAUGUGGAUAUACGGGGGAAUGACCGACCUUCAAGAGAGGUCGGACCUCUGGAAGUGGGACAUUCCAUCGCGGACGUGGCAUUGUGUCAAGAGCAAGAUAAAUCCUGGACCGUUGCACAGCCACGCGGCGUGCAGGCUUCCGUCGGCUCAUAUGCUGGUGUUCGGGGGAGAGAGGAACGGACAAGCUAGCAACGAUUUGUGGAAAUUUAGUUUUGCUCUAGAAAGUUGGGAGAAAAUAACAAUCAACGGAGUGAAACCACAACCUCGCUCAGAAAGUAUAGGUGUAGUUAUUUCAGAAUUACUUCUCAAUGGUACUUCCAUUAGUUCGAUAGAAACCAAAUCUAUAAGAAUUAGGACUAGGACUUGCACAUCGGCGGACAGAGGCAAUCGACAUUCUUCAUAUCUACCUAAUAAUAAGGUGGCUCCUUGUGAAAAAACCUACGUUUUCCACCCCACCCAAAACAACUACAAUGACGGCAGCGACUUGGCACAACAAUUUUCAGAGACUAACAGGUCUUCCAGAAGUUUUCUGCAAGAGAUACAGAAGCUAUCGCAACUGAAUAUUCCUAGGAUAACUAAUAAAUGUAGCUACACUGUACUCACCGGCUGCGCUGGUGACAGUACCGAGAGCUUGCUCAGGCAGCACGCUAGUCCUCAGACUGAAGUAGAGGUUCUUGAUACCGAGAUUGCAACACCAAGGAGAGGUUCAAUGAUCAAGUCUAAAUCCGCCUACGUAAUAAAAAAGAAAUUCACUUCAGAGACAUCCCCCGAAGAAGUAGAACUCAAAGAAAUCAACCCCAAGAAACGCGUCGAGUUCGACGCAUCGGCGACCAAGCUACCCAGAGAACCAAUAUCUGUGCCAAACUUCAGCGUUCUGACCCUACCGACCCCAGUAUUAACUCCAGUAGAAGCGACCAAGCUAGUUUACUUAGAUAGCGAAGACGAGAACGAGCUCUUAGGUAAGAAGCCCAAACCCAAGCCGCCUGAUAAGCACACAGAAAUUCAAGUCCAAGUGAACAACGAAAAGAAUAUGCUGCAUGAGAAUUUCAAUCCGAUCGUGAAAGGGGACAGUUAUAGCUCUCAUAUCGGAUAUGCUGACAAUCCGCUCUAUCAGGAAAUGAUUAAAUCUCUGGAAGAGAAGUCGAGGGAGAAUGUGUCGUCGACGUCAGAUUAUGCGAGCAUUGAGACCGUUAACAGGUUGUCUUCGGCUAGCAGCUAUAGUGUUAAAACAGGUACUCCUCAAGAAGAAAACCAAAGAAACUUGGAAAGAGACCGCAACGGACCUUUCGGCUUCUGCAACCCAAACUACAUGGGACCAGAAAUCAAAACCGUGAUGAGCGAAAAAAUGGAGCGCAAAAACCUGGUAAAGAUUUUAACAGCAGCCGAAGAAAAUUUCAGCAACUCAGAAGACGAAAACAUCCUGGAAAUGCAAACGUGCGAAGGGAACAUCAGUAGAAACACCAAAGUCGUCUACAGACACAGCAGCAGAAAAAGGCCUCCUAAAUCCCUAGCUGUAGAUCCGGAUCACAAGCCUAGAUCGCAUAUCGACAACUGCCAUAGAGCUCAUAGCGCUGGUAGAGCUGAACAGAGGUUAGACAGAGUAGACCAUAGUAGACCUGAAGCUUUUAGUUCGGGGCUAGACCCAACUUUGAGAGUGUAUCUCUAUAUCUUUGGAGGGAAGGAGCAGGGACAGGUGACUGUAUUCAAAAGACCGAUAUCUAUAUGGCGUCUGAAGUUGUUUUAAGGGUUUCUAAAGAUGUCGGCCAGGUAGUCCAAUCUAUGUGCCAAUAUUUUGUAGAAAUAGUCAAUAUAAUUCAAGGGUUGAAGUAAAUGGUCGGUUAAAAUAUAUUGGAUAACUAUUAAACUAUUACUACUAGAGUUCUAUUAAAUAACCUGGAGGUUGAACUUCCUAUGAUCAUAUUAUGACAGAAUUGAAGCCGGCUAGAGGGCGCGAAUAGGACAGGCAAACAAUGCUUUUAACAAACUGAAAAACGUAUUUUGUAGCAGGAAGAUUGGAAUUUCUUCACAGAUAAGACUUCUGAGAUGCUACGUGUUCUCCGUAUUAUUUUAUGGGUUGGAAGCUUGGACAUUAAAGAAAUAAGUUUUGGACAUAUUAGAAGCCUUCGAGAUGUGGGAAUACAGAAGGGUAUUAAGAAUAAGUUGGGUGGACAGAGUCACGAAUGUCGAGUUGUUGAGAAGAAUGGGAAAAGAAAGAAAGAGAGGUUCUAAAUACAAUUACAGUUAGAGAACUGUAAUAUCUAGGACAUGACUUGUUGAAAUUAAUAAUACAAGCUUACAGGGUAACAGGAGUCGUGGAAGAAGACACAUCUACUGGUUAAACAAUUUGAGAGCUUGGUUUAACUGCUCUUUUGCUGAUUUUAGAGCAGCGGUAUCGAAAGUACGAAUUACCAUGAUUAUUGCCGAUAUUCUUAGAGGAGAUGGCACAUGAAGAAAAGAAAAGGGAAUUUUAAAAGAUCUCAUCUCGUUUAUGUUAUAGUCCACGAGGCAGCGCUGAAAAAUUUCUGUGAAUUUACUAAAGCUGCGGUCGUUCAAGCGAAACGUAGAACAGGUGGUACUGACAGCUUGUCAAAGUUGCUUACCUGCGGAGGUAAUUAAAUCCAUUUACUAAAGCUAAAAAUUAGUACACACAUUCUAAAUUGAAUAUAAAUAAAAGUUAUUAUAGUCGGUCAGCUGUAUGACGGGACAGAGCCGGUCGGUCGGCCCCAACGGAUGUACAGGGUUAUUCACUAUAUUUUGACCCCCCUCUAAACUGCUUUAUUUACAGAAUUAGAAAAAAUGUAAAAUGCAAAACUUAUUCAAUUUUUAAUUAUGAUUUUUUGACAUAAAUAUCGUACUAAUGACGUCAUCCAUCUGGGCGUGAUGACGUAAUCGAUUAUUUUUUUAACCCGGGAGUAGUCGCGCUCACUUCUGUAACGUGAAUAGUCGCGUGUUAGAUUCUAUCUCACAAUACGAAUUUAAAUACGAAUUUACAACAAAUUUUUAUUUUAUAGUAUUUUUAUUUACUUUUUAUGUCAGAAAUAUUAUUUUUAACAAUUGUUAGAGCUAAUUGGCUCUCCCCACAGCCAAAAAUUACACAAAAAAAAGAAGAAGAAAAAAAAAAGAAAAAAAAUUCCUACGCAUUACUACACCCUUCCUCGAGGCACUUACGAAAUUUUUUCAAAAUUGCAAAAUUUUUCAUCAAGUUAUCGCGAAAAAGGAUAAAAUGUGAGAUUCUAUCUAAGGGCGCGACUACUCGCGGGUUAAAUGAGGAUAGGGAUUGUGUGCUAGCUCAUUUGAAAGGUUAUUCAAUUCCCUAAUCAGUAAUAUAAACACUUACAUGUUUGUUUUUACAGGGUGUCCAAAAAAAUUUGUUUUAAUUAAAUUAAUUAUUUAAUUAAUAAUUAAAAAAAAUUCUUUGACACCCUAUAUGUAUAAAUAAUGAUCUUAAUGUUUAUAUUACUGCAUAUAGAAUUGAAUAACAUUUCAAAUGAGCUAGAACACGACCCCUAUUCUCAUUUAAAAAAAUAGUAUCCGAAUUGAUUAAUAUAUAGAAACUUAGACGCUUAUAGAACUUCUCAGAAAGAGAGAGAAAAUUAUUAAAAAUAUUUCUUAAGUUAGUAGGAUAAGAUUAUUAUAUUCUCUAUUAAAAAAUUUUAUAACAUAUAAUUCUAAUAUUAAAAAUAAAAUAUAUAUUUAAAAUUAAAACCAAAUAUAAAUAAAUAAAUAUUGAUAACUAAAUAAUUUUAGUUUAUUUAUUAUUAAUAAAAUUAAUUUUUAUAUAAAAUAGAAAAAUUAAUAAAAAAAAACUAAUUUUGUCUAAUAUAGAUCACGCCCAGAUACAUGACGUCACUAGUACGAUAUAUAUGUCAAAAAAUCAUAAUUAAAAAAUCGAAUAACUUUGGUAUUUUACAUUUUUCUCUAAUUCUGUAAAUAAAGCAGUUUACAAGGGGUCAAAAUAUAGUGAAUAACCCUGUAUAGAAUAGAAUAGAAUAGAAUAGAAAUAUGCUUUAUUGUCAUGAAAAAUUUAACAAUUUUAUAGACAAAGCUUACAAGAAUCAUAAAUAAAAACAAUAACAAAUACAAUUUACUAAAAUUAUACAAAUCGUCAAUAUAAAUAAAACAUAAUAAAGUCAAAUAAAAAUCAGUAACAAUCUAUUGCAAAAUUAAAAAAAAAUUGCAAAUUGCGUAAUCUACCUUAAGAAAUUUAAUAAGUAAUUUAAUAAGUUAUGCUGCUGCAUAUGACACUCAAAUAUAGAUUAAGAUUCUACUUAUACAUAACAAUACUGUAAUUUCUUAGUUAUUGGUUAAGAAACUCUGCUAUUGAAUAAUAUGGUCUUUCAGAUAAAUAGGCUUUAGUAAUUUUACGGAACUUGGGGAAAGAUGUUGCAGAUUUAAGUUGUAGAGGGAGAUGGUUGUACAGUUUUUUUGCAGAAUAUAAUAUAGAUUUCUUUACUAACUCACUGGACGGGAUCGGUAAAUAGAUGUCAAAAGUAGAAUUUCUGGUGGAAUAGUCAUGUCUAGGUCUUUCUGGAAAAACAUGUAGAUGUUUACGAAUUAAGCAAACAGUUUCUAAAAUAUAUAAAGAAGGUAAUGUUAGAAUUCUGUGAUCUUUGAAGUAGCUUCUGCAAUGUGUUGUUCUUCUGAGGCCAAACAGAUAUCUGAUUGCUCUUUUUUGCAAUUUAAAAAUAACAUCGGAUUGGGCAGCUGUACCAAAACCCCAAAAAGGCAGACCAUAUCGAAGAUGGGACUCGAACAAUGAAAAGUAUGUUAUUUUGGAAGAGGCUAAAUCCAUUUCCUUAGAGACAGAUCUUAUUGCAAAGCAAGCUGAGGAUAGUUUCUUGCUUAACACAUCGAUAUGAAGGGAUUAUUUAAGGUUGCUAUCUAAAAAAAUACCAAGAAACUUUACAGAAUCAACGAUACUGAUCUGGCUGAUAUGAAGAGGUAAGGGUUGAAGAGUUCCUUUAUAGGGUAAUGCUACUGUUUUAUCUACGUUAAAAGAGAGUAAAUUAGAAUCUGACCAGGAUUUUAUUGUGAGUAGAUCAGAAGUUAUAGUAGCAUGAAGAGUUGCGAUAUUUGAGUUGCUCCAAGUGAUACUGGUAUCGUCAGCAAAAAGAAAAACUUUUCCAUCGAUUUUUAAACUAGUGAUGUCAUUAAUAAAGAUAAGGAAAAGUAGAGGACCCAAUACUGAACCCUGCGGUACCCCACAUACAACAUUUCUGAGACUAGAGUCUGUAUCAUUUGCUCUAACCAGUUGUUUCCUAUUUUCCAAGUAAGAUUGAAACCAGUUCAAAGAAAUACCUCGAAUUCCAUAGAAAUCUAGUUUUUUAUCAAAAUGUCGUGAUUUACACAAUCAAAAGCUUUGGCAUAAUCACAAAAAACAGUGGCAGUGUGGAGAUUAUUGUUUAAUGCUUGAUAAACCUCAUGUAGUACAGAAAACAUGGCAUCGGUGGUACAUUUAUUAUUUAAAAAUCCAAACUGGUUUUGUGAUAAAAUCUUGUUAUCAACGAGAAAGGACAUAAGUCGGGCUUUUAGGAGUCUUUCAAUAAUUUUGGAGAGUACCGGUAGUAAUGCAAUAGGUCUAUAAUUGCAGGCAAUAGAUUUUUCACCACCCUUCUGAAGAGGAAUAAUGAUGGCCGUCUUUAGGCACUCUGGAAAUUUACCUUUCUCAAUAGAAUCAUUUAUUAGAGAGACGAGGACUCCCAACACAUUGUCUGGGAGAUUUGAGAAAAUUUUUAUGGAUAGUCCAUCGGUACUACAGGAAGAUUUGCUUUUGAUACUAUUGAUUGUUUGGAUCAGUUCAGAUUUACCAACCGAUCUUAUAAAGAAUGAAUUCGAAACCUUUCCUGAAUUAGGGAGAUAGGAAAUGGGAUCUUGUUGUGACACAAUAGUUGAUGUUAUAUUUUUACUCACAUUAACAAAAUAUUCAUUUAGAUUUUCUGGGUCUGGAAGGGAAAAUGUUUGAGCUGUGUGAGUUUUAUUUCGAAGAUCGUUUAUUAUGGACCAAGUUUCUUUUGCAACACUUUUGGAGCUUCUGAGACGAUUUUGAUAAUACAAUUUUUUAGCCGAUUUUAUAAGUUUUAAAUAGAUUGCCCUGUACUUGGUGAUAUAUUCAGUAGCAGAGACGUUGGUAGUAAAUUUCUUGAUAUACAGUAGUGAACGCAUGUUUUUGGCUGAUAUGCGGACACCUUUGGUAGUCCAGGGUUUGCGAUGUUUUUGCUUAAUUGUGAUUAAAGGAAAUGCUUUAUUGAAGAUACAGACCAGCUUAUUCAAAAAAUCACUGAAAUUAUAAUCGACGUCCAUGGAAGGAAAGUGCCACUCAGAGGUUAAGCAUAAAUUUUGGAAUUUACGAAAGUUCCGACCGGAAAAAAUCCUGCCUAAAUGUCGAGUUUUCGAGGAGGACUUGCUAAAGAUGUUAAACUUCGUAUAAACCGCUUCAUGAUCAGAUAGUCCCGCAUUAACAGUUGUAGCGCAGACAUCAAGGGGUGAGAAAUCUGAGACAAUAUAAUCAAUUAUGGUAGAUGAAGUUUUUGUAAUCCUUGUAGGAGAAUCAAUGUGCAUUGAUAGACCAUAUGAUUCAAAUAUGUUGACCAGGGAUAUUUGUGUAGCACAAGCAGCAGCAUAAUUAAUGUUGAAGUCCCCGCAUAAAAUUUUUCUGCUUUUAUGGGGCAGGUCAUCUAACAAAUUAAGCAGGUUCUGAAAAAAUAGUUCCACGGAAGAGUCAGGUGAUCUAUAAAUGCAAAUAAUAUAAAGAUUAAGGUUCUUACUGUAAACUAAGGAAAACUCAAAGAAUGCUUCACUUAAUAGAAAGUCAUAUUUUGUUACCAGAGAAAAAUCAUUAUUUGUAGAAAGAAUUAGGGUGCCUCCAUGAGCUGAACUUGGACGGUCAUACCUAGCAAUAGUGGAAUAUUUUUCUACAAAAAAAGGCUCGUUGACUUCAAGCCAGUGCUCAGUAACCGCAACUAUCGGUGGAAACCCUAAUUCCUCUAGAAACAGAAAUAAUUCAUCAGUUUUAUAUCUUAUAGAACGAAUAUUAAUCAGAACCAUGCUAAAGUUGUUAUCACUAAAAUAAUUUGAGGAUUCUAGUCCCUCAGAACACGUCGUGAUGUUUAAAAAUUUCGUCUUGGAGAGGCAGCGGAAUAGUAGUUUCGGUGGCAUUCCCUUGAUUUUUGCAGGUGAAUUCCAGGUGUACAUUCAUUGGGCCAACCGACCGGCUCUGUCCCGUCAUACAGCUGACCGACUAUAAUAACUUUUAUUUAUAUUCAAUUUAGUAUGUGUAUACUGAUUUUCAGCCUUAUUAAAUGGAUUUAAUUACCUUCGUAGGAAAGCAAUUUUGAUACCCUCUCAGUAACCCCUGUUCUACGUUUCGCUUGACCGACCGCAGUAUGUUUCUCUACACAAUCACGGUAAUCAACUGUGAAAUAACUAGCUUUAGUAAAUUCAGAGAGAUUUUUCGGCGCUGACUCUCCGUUUAUUAGCUUUGUUUAUGAUUUUUGUCAUGGAAUAAUGAAAUUUACGACUUUUUUUGUCAACCAAACCUAGCCUCACCCUUGGAUUGUUAUUGAAUCUAGUUUAUAGAUGUACAUCUAGGUACGAUAUAAUCUUGGAACAUGUGCUCUACCUCUACAGUAUUUUACACCUUUUACACUAUAUUUCGAACGUUUUUGUUAUAAUUACAGAAAGAUGUAUGUUUCUAGAAUAUUAACAAACACACAAUCAAUAUUUUUGUAUAGAUGUAAAUACGCCUUCUUUAUCGAUUUAGAAAAGGUAAUUGACAAAGACUUCAAAUCUCACACACUCUAGAUCCUAAAUCUUAUUUAUUCUUUAGCUUAUUAAAAUUUUUACUUAUCCUUCAAUUUUGCUAACAAAUUUCCAGAAAUAACGAAAAAAUACUUUUUUGCUUGUUACUGACUUUCACUUUUAAGGCAAUAAUACAAGGAUGGGCAACAUACAGAGCUCUUAGGAACAUUUUUAAGAGUGACAUUCCAACUAACAUGAAGAAAAAAGGUUUCGACCAAUGCGUGCUACCGGUGAUGACCUAUGGUGCAGAAACAUUAUCGCUCACAAAGAAAAACGCACAAAAAUUAAGAGUAGGGCAGAGAAGAAUAGAGCGAUCAAUAAUAGGGGCCACUCUGCGAGUCAGGAUUAGAAACGAAGAUCUACGAGCUAAGAUCAAAGUCAUAGACGUCAUUGAAAGAAGCUGUAACUUAAAAUGGAAAUGGGCUGGACACGUUGCCAGAAUGAAGGUCGGAAGGUGGGCUCGCAGACUAGUUGAAUGUAGACCAAGAGCCGAUAAAUGUAGCAGAGGAAGACCACCAACACGAUGACAAGACGACUUAUGAAGGACAACAAAAAACUGGAUACAGAAAGCACAAGAUAGAAUACUUUGGAGACAAACAGGGGAGGCCUAUGUCCAGCAGUAGAUUGAGGGAGGCUGAUGAUGACUUUAGCUUUUAAAGCAGCGUUUGCCUAGUCAGAAUCACAAUGUUGGUACACUUGAUUUCUUGAUGUACAUAUUGAAUUAUCACUAUGAAUAAUAGGUUCUAACCGAUUUCUUUAGGCUGAAGUUGUACUAGAAGAACUGCAUGGACUUUAGAACCAAAUCAAGAAUCAAUUGUGAACCAAGAAACUCAUAAGAUUAUUUUAGCCGUAUAGGCAGACAGCGUAAUAUGUCAGUCAGUGUAAUGUCAUGAGAAUCAAUCGAAAAAAAAAAUCACUGUGCCGUUGACAAAGAGUGCGAAGUGCUGGGAGAAAUCUGGCAACACUACCUUACACAUAAACUUUUCCUCUCUCUUACCACACCAGUUUAGUCUUGCUGCACAGCUCAGUAUCGACCUAGCAGACUUCGAAAGUGGAGGUCCCUGUCGCUGUUACCGUUAAUGUAAAAUUUAUGCUGUGAUACGUGGUUUAAACUUAAAACGGAUGUCACCUAUUGACAUUCAUCAUCAUUUAAUCGAAGUUUAUGAGAAACAAUGAGGUUUGUUUAACAUAUUCGCAACUGGUGUAGAGAAUUCAGUGAAUUCCGAACGGAAAUUCACGAUGAAUCUUAACCCUUAAGAUCCUGAAUUUUAAUUUAUUUAGAAAAUUUUAUUUUUGUUUACUUUGAUGUAUUCAGAAGAAGGUUUUAAAACAAAAUACAUACAUUUUUUUUCUUAAUUAUUUUUAGUUUUUUAGAAAAUUGCCGUUACAUAUAUGUAACGCUAGGAAGAAUACAGGAAUAUAGCUCAGGAGAUGACCAGCCAUAUCAUAUCUUAUAUCUACGACUACUUUGUACGAAGAUGGCCUACGUGCAUCUUUUGUUUCGGUACCAUAUUUCGUAAGAUACGAUGUUACUAGAUACCUUCGAAAUUCUAGUUGUGGCAUAGGAUUAUAGGAUCUAUUAUGUCCAGUUAUGUCCAGCAUCAAUGUAAAUAGACACCACCACCACUAUUUAGAGCAAAUUCCUAAUUGGUAUCUAGCUACAUUCUGGUCCAUAAGAUCAACUUUAAUUUUUCUUUCACUAGUGUUUUUGCUUUUGCUGAUGAUCUGGAAGGCUGAAUUUAGUCAAUAUCAUCAUAUUAUAUUUCGAAAUCUCUUUCACUAUUUCGUAAAACAAGUUUAACAGAUGCUAUAAGAUUUCUCUCGGACAGCUUGUUAAAAUCAUUAUAUUCCUCAUCACCAGACUCCUCGUCUGCAAGCACAUUCAAUUCUGGGGGUUCAGUACUUAUAUAUAGCAUCAACGUCUACAGUUUCAACGGCAUCAAUCAUCUCCAGCGCUUCUUAAAGAGAAAACCCUUUGGACAAACUGGGGGUUAAAUUCCCAAUUUGUUAAUGACUAAAUAAGGUCCCACUGACCUCUGUGGACUGUAUGUUAGUUACCAACGCUUUGGUUCAAAAAUCACACCCCAUAAAGAGGUGGUAAAAGGUUAUAUCUAAUCCUUUAACUAAGAUUAAAUUAAUAAAGCGAGUUGAGAAAGUAAAGGUUUAAUUAUCCUAGACAAAAAAAGGUUACAAAAUAAAACAAUAAUUAAAUAAAAAAAAGAACCAAUCUAAACGUGUACUGAAUAUGAAGUCAAAAUUCAAAAUGUCUAUGAAUGUAAAUUUAUUUGAAAAUGUUUACUCAAAAAGUUCUGUAUAGCUACCAUAGUCCCAUUAUUGCACUUCCCGGUGGCUGGUUUCAAGUCGAGGAACUGCUGCUGGUCGAAGUAAUCUGCUGGUCUCGAACGGCCACGGCUCAAACUUAGCCCAAACACCACAAAUCUGGUAGUUCUUUGCUGAAUUUGGCGGUAAUAAAAUCACAAAUAAAUAAGUAGACUCCAAUAUAGUCUACUACAAACUGAACAGUUACGUGAAAUUUUGUAUUUACUCCUGUAUAAAAUAAAGGAGUUAAGAAACAAUAAAUGAUUAAACACACUUAUUCAAAACAACAAAAUACAAUUUUUACGUAUGGUCUACAAAUUUUUAACCACACAUAAUAUGUGUACAACUCUAAUUGAGUCAGGGUACUGGCGAUAAAUUUUUUAGCGAGUUGACGAGACGAGGACAAUUUCUCGCCAGUCAGGCCAAUAAAAAUGGAACAACGAAUCGACAAGUUCAAUGUAUGGCGCGUUAAUAUUUAAUUUAGAUUUUAAAUACGCGUUUCCGGAACACCCUUUGCUGGAGCAAAAGAUACGUUAUAAUUCUAAAAGUUCCGAUUUUUUCUGCCAUAUGUUCCUAGCGUUACAUAUAUGUAACACCAAAAAUUAAAGGCAUUUUUUACAAAACCAGGAUAAAAUUUCUAAAAACUUAUAUUAUCAAUAAGAAAAAACAUUAAUUUAUUCUCAAUUGAAAAUACUUUAAACAAAAUAUAAUAACAAAAGAAUAGUAAAAAUAUACUUAUCAAAACUUGAGAACCAUUUUUACCAUAAAUAAUAAACACCGUCACAUAAAACACUCAACUUAAUAAACAGGUUAGAUCAAAUCCUCGAACCAAUGAAUGUUAAUAGGUAAAACCCAUUUUGCAUUUAAAAAACGUAUCACAGCAUGAAUUUCCCAUUGGCGUUAACAUCGACCGGGACCUCCAUCUUCGAAGGUUGCUAGUCCGACACUGAGCGAUGCAGCACGGCGAAACUUUUGGGGUAAGAGAGAGGGAGAGUUUAUGUGCAAGGCAGUGUUACCAGAUUUCUCCCAGCACAUGGCAAUAUUAUAUCAAAAUUCAGAUCCAAGAUUAUAUCCAAAUUUAGUAAAUUAGAAGAAUAGAUUUUCUAGUAAAACUGACUAGAUUUUAUACCUUUUCAUUAGAAGAAAAUUCGUCCAACAAGAAUUAGUUCUAAAUAGUUGUACUGUAUGCAUAAAAAUUGUGAAUAAAUAAAAAUAUCUAGUAUUAUACUUAUAACCUAUUCCACGAACAUACGCCUAUUUUGGAUUACUUCGACAACAAAUAUUUUACUUUGCAAAAUAAGAAGGACGAAAGUAAAUUGCAAAUUACAUUGUUGUUUAUUGGAAUAAUUAUUAGCGCCAUUUACUUUCGUACUUCUUUUGUUGCUCAGUAAAAUAUUCGUUGUCGAAGUAAUCCAAAACAGGCGUAUGUUCGUGGAAUGGCCCAUAUAUCUUAAUUUUAGACGUUAUUUAUUGCAAGUUUGUUUAUAUUUGAUUACUUUUUAAGUUAUUAAUUAUAUAUCCAUUAACCUAUAACCCGUUACUGUAAGCUGUUAAAAGAAAAACUUAUUCUAUCGAUUGGAAAAACAAUAAUCUGUUUUAGGAUUGUAAGAAGAAAAAAAUUGGAGUAAAUGCUGGAGGAAUGUCAGCUGUAGGCAUGUGGCCUUAUGCAGCCAAUAAUAUAAGGAAGGAGAUAAACGGGCAUGCCAGAAUUCUAUGCCAAAUACAUUGCUAAAUAUAGUAUACAAAAUU